CCUGUCUCUCUACUGAACACGAAGACUUUGACUAUAAUUGCCGUGAGGAACAAUGGGCAAGGGCUGUGGUGCUGCGCUGGGCAAGGGCAAGAAGAAGGAGACGACCGCUGCCGAGGCUGCCGCCCCAGCUGCUGCUGCUGCUGAGCCCGCUGCGGAGCCCGCUGCGGCCCCCACGCCGGCCCCCGCGCCGGCCGCUGAGGCUGCCCCCGCAGUUGCCGCUGCUGCGCCGGCCCCGGCCGCUCCCGCCGAGCCUGCGAAGAUGGCGCACGACUACAAGCUGAAGGCCCACCCGGCGAUUCCUGCGCCCGAGGGCCCGCUGCUGGUCUGCAUUCUGGACGGCUUCGGCGAGAACGAGUACAAGGAUGAGUUCAACGCCGUGCACGUGGCUAAGACGCCCACUGUGGACGCGCUGCGCGCUGUGCCCCAUCGCUUCCGUUCCAUCAAGGCGCACGGAAAGGCUGUGGGCCUGCCCAGCGAUGCCGACAUGGGCAACAGCGAGGUGGGGCACAACGCCCUGGGCUCGGGCCAGGUGGUGGACCAGGGCGCGCGCCUGGUGGACCUGGCGCUGGAGACCGGCCGUAUGUUCUCGGACCCCGGCUGGAAGCUCAUCAGCGAGGCCUUCCCCUCCCACACCGUCCACUUCAUCGGCCUGCUGUCCGACGGCGGCGUGCACUCGCGCGCCGAUCAGCUGCACGGCUGCCUGCGCGGCGCCGUGGAGCGCGGCGCCAAGCGCGUGCGCGUGCACAUCCUGACUGACGGCCGCGACGUGCCGGACGGCAGCAGCAUCCGGUUCGUGGAGGAGCUGGAGGCGGUGCUGGCGGAGCUGCGCGGCAAGGGCUGCGACAUCGCCAUCGCCUCGGGCGGCGGCCGCAUGCAGGUCACCAUGGACCGCUACGAGGCGGACUGGAGCAUGGUGAAGCGCGGCUGGGACGCGCACGUGCUGGGCAAGGCGCCCCACUACUUCAAGGACGCCAAGACCGCGGUCACCACCCUGCGCGGCUCCGAGGACGCGCCGGUGUCUGACCAGUACGUGGCCCCCUUUGUGAUUGUGGACGAGGCGGACAAGCCGGUGGGCACCAUUGAGGACGGCGACGCGGUGGUGCUGUUCAACUUCCGCGCGGACCGCAUGGUGGAGAUCAGCAAGGCCUUCGAGUACGAGGACGGCUUCACCGCCUUUGAGCGCGAGCGCUUCCCCAAGGGCCUGCGCUUCGUGGGCAUGAUGCAGUACGACGGCGACCUGAAGCUGCCCGCCAACUUCCUGGUGCCGCCGCCCCUGAUUGAGCACGUGUCGGGCGAGUACCUGUGCAAGAACGGGCUGAGCACCUUCGCCUGCUCCGAGACUCAGAAGUUCGGGCACGUGACGUUCUUCUGGAACGGCAACCGCUCCGGCUACCUGGACGCCAAGCAGGAGCAGUACCUGGAGAUCCCGUCGGACAAGAUCGAGUUCAACAAGGCUCCGGACAUGAAGGCGCGCGAGAUCACCGCCGCCGGCAUUGAGGCGCUCAAGAGCGGCAAGUACAAGGUGGUGCGCAUCAACUACGCCAACCCGGACAUGGUCGGCCACACCGGCGACAUGGCUGCCACCGUCCGCGCCUGCGAGACCGUGGACGGGUGCGUGAAGGAGCUGCUGGAGGUGGUGGACAGCCUGAACGGCCGCUGGAUCGUCACGUCCGACCACGGCAACGCCGACGACAUGGUGCAGCGCGACAAGAAGGGCAAGCCCCUGCUGGGCGAGGACGGCAAGCCGCUGCCCCUGACCAGCCACACGCUGGCGCCCGUGCCGUUCUUCAUCGGCGGCAAGGGCCUGCCGGACGGCGUGGUGCUGCGCGACGACCUGCCGGACGCCGGGCUGGCCAACGUGGCCGCCACCACCUUCAACCUGCUGGGCUUCGAGGCGCCCGGCAUCUACAAGCCCAGCAUGGUCAAGGCGUAAGCGGGGGCUACAGAGGUUUGGGGAUAGAGGCGGUGGGCGCGGGGGCAUGGAGGAACGCGGUUGGGCGUGUGUGGCCGCGCGCGCGGGAGAGGGGGAGUGGAGGCGGCAGAAGAUGGUGUUGUGGCGAGACAUGCAGGGUGUGGCUAGGGAUGAGGCGGUGUGUCAGGAUGUAGGCGGUAGAGCGUGGUGCGUCCUCUUGGGUAAGGAGGCGUGUGAGCAGACUGACUAGACUUAAGGGACGCGCGUUGGCGAUGACUGCUCAAGGCCGCGUGAACGCGAAUGAGCAAUGCGACAGCAUGACUAAGGACACAGGAAAGCACGUGGUGCAUCCGACUUACAUGCGAGGCUAGAUGCACGUUAAAGAACAGACUUACGGCAGUCAAUCAAGUCGAGUCAGGAGGAGCGCUUCUCCUCUACAAGCGGGUGGAAGACGCUGAGGAAAUGCACGUGAGGAAGCACGUGUGCGUGUAAUGACUAGAUUGG